CCCCCCGCCCCCCGCUCUCUGCCCGCUAACUUUUCCGAGCCCCGACCCACGGCGCAGAGCUGCCCGGAAGCUUCGGGGCCAACCGCACGCCGCGGGCCGCGGGCGCGGCUGUGCCCUGUAUCCCAUCCCCGCGCCCCCGGCGCGCUGCGGAGAGAACGGAACGAUGCCCCGGGCUGGGGACCGAGGCGCUGUCCGGGCGAGAUGGCUGGGCACUGGGCUUCUGGGUCUCUUCCUGCUGCCUGCGUCCCUGUCACUGGAGGUGUCUGUGGGAAAGGCCACCACCAUCUAUGCUGUGAACGGCUCGGAGAUCCUGCUGCCCUGCACCUUCUCCAGCUGUUUUGGCUUCUACGACCUCCAGUUCUCAUGGUCCUACAACAGCAGUGACACUUUCAAGAUUCUCAUAGAGGGGACUGUGAAGAAUGAGAAGACUGACCCCAAGGUGAAGUUCAAAGACGAUGACCGCAUCACUCUGGAGGGCACUACGAAGGACAAGAUGAACAACAUUUCUAUCCUGCUGAGGAACGUGGAUUUCAGUGACAUGGGCAAAUACACCUGUCACGUGAAGAACCCCAAGGAGAAUAAUCUUCAGCACCAGGCCACUAUCUUACUCCGAGUUGUAGAUAAAUUGGAGGAAGUGGACAACACCUUGACGCUCAUCAUCCUGGCUGUCGUGGGCGGGAUCAUCGGGCUCCUCAUCGUCAUCCUGCUGGUCAAGAAGUUCGUCGCCUUCAUCAUCAAGAAGACUCAGGAGAAGAAGAAAGAGUGCCUCGUGAGCUCCUCAGGGAAUGACAACACAGAGAACGGGCUGCCCGGCUCCAGGGCGGAGGAGAAGCCCCCAACGAAAGUGUGAGGUCCACUUGUGGCCCGGCAGCCGGAGUCCCACGCUGC